AUGAAACUGUUCGAAUUUUUGGUCGUGUGGUUAUCGAUUUACUGCGUUGAUCGUCGAGUUUCGUCACUAAGUCUGCCUAGCGCUGUUAAGCCAGGGCUUCCGAUUAAAGAUGUGAAGACGAUCUUUCUCGGAAAGGCAAUGUACGUGGAAAACCCGCCGCAUAAUGUACCAUGGAAAUUACCGACCGAGGUCGUCGCUUAUGAAAAGUCGACGAAAGCAGUCGAAAGGUUCAACUACGAGACGUUUUGGAGAGACGGAAACCUGACCUUGACGCUAGUAAAAGUCGAGAAUACAACUACGGCUACGAGGCAAAGUGGAGAGGGCUCAGGAAACACGAACACUAGUGACGACCCCGAAGACUUUCUCGACAACGACGAACCGAUUUUACAGAAAGACAUCGAAGCUGUCGUCACCGAUUUCUCUCGACGUCGACGUUUUCGACGUCGGAUCUUUGGCGCCGAUACACGACUAGAGAUCCCGAUUCGAGCCGUGCGACGAACUCCGUUUUCGUCCAUCGUCCACAUCUCUACCGGAUGUACCGGAACCCUUAUUUCUACAAGACACGUUCUCACGUCCGCACAUUGUGUUCACGACUCCUCAGAGUACAUCAUCAGCGCAAAAAGCGUUAAAGUCGGGUUCCCACGAAAAAAUGGCAAAAUUCGUUGGGCAGGAGUAGAGUACAUCCGGGUACCGCAGGGAUGGACACAAGAGCGUGACGUCAGUUUUGAUUACGCUGUGCUGAAACUGCGUCACGCAAGUAAACGCGUGACCAUGGAUCAUGGCUCAAUGCUACAGACCCGAAGGCAUAUAACGUCACACUUCCUGGCGUUUCACCAGGACAAGCCGAGCAACUCCAUGUGGUACUCGUAUUGCAAGGCUCGGCCCUUGAACCACGUGAUCCUCAGUCGCUGUGAUUCCAAGCCUGGUAGCUCGGGAGCCAGCGUAUACGUACUCUCGCCAAAGCCUAGCGGAGACGGAGUCAAUCGGAUCAUCGUCGGAGUGCUCUCGGGUUCCGGGACCGUCCGAUUCAAGAACAAGAGAGAUCGCCGGUUUAACAUCGCCACCAAGCUCACGCCACUAAAGUCUGCUCAGAUUUGUUCGUGGAUGAAGAACGCGGGAGCAUGCAAUACGCGUGCGUGA